AUGUCGGGUGCAAGUAAGAAGCGUGUUCGCAAAGAGGAUGUGGCGACAUUUGACGAAUGUGAUGCUGGCAGCUGGGAGUGCACCGUAUGUACUUACCGCAACCGUUUUGAGGCCUUCAAAUGUGAAAUGUGCGAUACAAGAAAAGGAACCUCUACACGAAAACCGAGGUUGAAUGAGAAUGUUGUGCAAAUGCAAAAGGUUGUUCAAAAUUUUGUUGUCCAACAACAGGAGAAAGCUGCCAGCAGGUAUGCCUGA